CCCACGUCUUCGUUUUGCUCUCUAAUUUAGAAAAAAGGUCCAAAAAUAUGGAGAACCAAAAUGAGAAGAAGAUGAAGAUACUUUGUCUCCAUGGCUUCAGAACAAGUGGGAGUUUCCUGCAAAAGCAAAUAAGCAAAUGGGAUCCUUCAAUCUUUGCUCACUUUCAAUUGGACUUUCCAGAUGGUAUAUUCCCUGCCCAAGGAAAAUCUGAUAUAGAAGGAAUCUUUCCACCACCUUACUUUGAGUGGUUCCAAUUCGCCAAGGACUUCACUGAGUACAUGAACUUGGAUGAAUGCGUAUCUUAUUUAUGUGACUACAUCACAAGCAAUGGUCCUUAUGACGGUUUGCUUGGCUUCUCUCAGGGUGCAACACUAGCAGCGCUUUUGCUGGGUUACCAAGCGCAAGGAAAGGUGUUGAAGGAGCACCCACCAUUGAAAUUCUUUGUGUCAAUAUCUGGAUCAAAGUUCAGAACCCCAGCAAUAUGUGAUGUUGCCUACAAAGACCCCAUAAAGGUAAAAUCAAUCCACUUAAUUGGAGCCAAGGAUUGGUUGAAACUUCCCUCUCAGGAGCUUGCCACUUCCUUUGACAAUCCUCUAAUUAUAAGGCACCCACAGGGCCAUACUGUCCCAAGAUUAGAUGAUGAAGCCGUUAAGCAGUUAAGACGCUGGACUGAAGAAAUCCUCCAUUGCAAGAACAAUGGUACUACUAUAGCUGACAAUCAUGAAAAGGAAAACGGUGAACCAAAAGAAGAUGGGGAACAAACGAAGUAUUCAAAAGUGCCAAAUAACAAUCAUGAAAUGGAAAAUGGUGAACCAAAAGAAGAUGGUUUGCUUUGAGCAAAGCAAACAUUGAAAAAUUAAGGACAAAAGUCCCAGUUGUGAAGAAGAUAAAUAAGAGAGAAGUGGAGGAAGACUAAGCACAAUAAUGAAUGAAGAGUGGCUGAUUAAUUAAUCGAGAUUGAAUAGACUACUAUUACUGUUAUUUAUACUUUUUUCUGUUUUUCGUUAAUGCAGAUUGCCUUAUCAGAGCUUGUGGUU